CAACUGGUGCUUGCUGGCGCCAGUUGUUCCAGCCCUCUUUUGCGGAGUACCGAGCCUGGAAGAGUUGUGACUCUGGUUGAAGAUCCUGAGGGGUGUGUAUGGGGUGUUGCUUACAGAUUGCCACCUGGACAAGAAUGUGAAGUAAAGGCAUACCUGGACUUCAGAGAGAAAGGAGGCUACAGGACUACAACUGUCAUUUUCUACCCAAAAGACUUGUCAGUAAAACCGUUUGAUGUAUUGUUAUACAUUGGGACUUGUGACAACCCUAACUACCUUGGCCCAGCACCUCUAGAAGAAAUUGCUGAACAGAUUUUUAAUGCAGUUGGUCCUAGUGGAAGAAACACAGAAUACCUGUUUGAACUUGCUAAUUCUAUCAGAAGUCUCGUACCAGAAGAUGUAGAUGAGCAUCUCUUCUCCUUAGAGAAACUAGUAAAGGAACUCUUGGAAAAGCAUCCAAGCCUAAAUUGUCUGUAAAAUAACUUCGUACUUCUAAUGAUCUUGCUUCACCUUCACAGGAAUGGUUUCGUUGCACAAUGGGUAUAUGACUUGGAGGCAUGUUUCUCUGUACUAUGCUAUCUUAUUUAUUUUAAUAUUGCAUUCAAAAUAGUAGUUGGUCAUUAAAACAUACUGUUACAAAAAUCAUUCUUUCAGGAGUCUAUAGAAAGGGGAGCAGGGGAAGUGUUUUAGGUUUGAAUUUGGUAUAUUGGGUUUUUAUCCAAAGACUACAUCUUCAUGAAAAUCUCAAGAGAACCACUUAAGCUUCUCUUUGUUUGAAGAUUUAUUUUUUUUUAUUAUUUCAGGUUUAAAAUAAAUCUUUAGAAUGUUUUUAAGAUCAAAAUCUGCAUUCAGAUACAACUCCCAUUGAUUUAAGUGAUAGUUCUUUCCAAUUCAAGACCACAGGCGUGGAGCUCAGUGCAGCUAAAGUUAUAAAUGUUAAGUGGUUGUUGUAAAUUGCAUAGUAAAUGCGUAGUAGAACAUUUAUAUCAUCAACGUUCAACUUUGCUGAAAUUAAGUUAUUCCACUGAAUCAGUCAUCUUAUCCUUUAUAUAUUAGUUUGUCCUUAAACGCAGAGGAUAAACCGUUUCGUUGUCAAGGAAAUAAUUCUUUCCCUUGGCUCAUUAUGUCAAGCCCCUGAAAACCAAAGCACAGGGUACUUUGACACAAACAAGCCAUAACGUAUCAGUGCCUCAUUUCAUUUUUUAAGAGGAAUAUAAAGAAUAAAACCAAAAUGUUAAAAUUAACUAAGAGUAUGACUUGAAGUCACAAUGCAGCAGGAACGUUCAGAAACUCUCAUCUUUGUUAUUUGCCUUUAGAUGCCGUUGUAACCCCAUCUCUUAAAAAAUUCACCAAUCUCUGAGGAUAGAUUUUAAACUAGUAAUUUUCAACCACUGUUUCAGGGAUUCACGGACAAAAGGUAAUUAAGAAAGGAACCCUCUUUUCAGUGACCUUAUGUGUGUUGUAUGGACAUCCAAGCAAAGAGGUUGGAAAGCCACCACUUCAGGCUGGUAGACUUACUUUAUGCAAAACAUAAGCAAAUGCGGUUUCCGUCCCAACAAGGACUUGUCUUGCUUCUCAAAAAUUUAAGUUAUUUUUGUUAACUUUUAAAAAAGUAUAUUUUUGUAUGUUAAUACAGGAAAGGUCCUAUUUUGAACACCAUGUAACGUCACAUUUUCUCAUACAGAGAAUGUAUAAGUGUUUAGUAGUAGCUGGGAAGCCUAUAUUUUGUGUCAGUAAUUGCAAACCCCGUAUGUUUCUACUAUACAGGUUGUCCCUUUCUCUUCUUUACAUUUUCCUGUUUUAUAUUUGUAAUUGCUUGAAAAUAUCAGGGUUAUCAAAAUAACAAGCUGCUAUUAUUUUACUUGGCCACCUACAAAAGUCAGUAAGAACAUAAAUGAAUGUUAAUAGGAAACAUUUGAGAAAGGCAGCUAGAUGAGUAGAAAAUAGGAUAUUAGAAUUCAAACCUAAAUUUGAGAUAAUUAGACUACUUAAAAUAUUUAACCAGGAAAGCUGUAUUUUUUUACAUACCAGAUUAUAAUUUUACUGUGCCUCUGGCAUCUCUCAAGCAUUGAUUCAUUGAGGAAAAAAAGUGUAUUUAGUUUUUAGAAGCUACUGUUUACUAUUAAUAGUUGAAUGCCGCUAUUUUAAGAGUCCAUGAUGGGGUAUCACUUGAUGGACUACUCUAGCAAAUCCUCUGAUCAUAUUAGCAAAAUAAUCAGAUGUAUUGAGGCCCCAUUUUUCCAUUAGUACAUGAGUUACUUGCAAACUGAUGGACUAUCCUUCAAAGGCCUUGAUUCUCCACUGCACUGUGCUGGUUUAAGAUUGACAUAACUGAGUGGAAAAGCAACCCCAACUAAUUCAGCUGUACAGCGAGAGAGGAGUAUGAUCAGAACUUCCAGGUGUCUCUGCGUAGUGACAGUCAUUAAGAUGCCCGAAGCUGGAGCUGAGUGACUUCACACACCGAAGAGGGACAGUGAUAACCAUCACCCAGAUCAACGUUAAUGAACAUGCUCCAUUACGCAUGCACUUAUUCACCUUGACGUAAAGAGUAACUCUUGACUGUUACCGGAUACUUAACUGUUACUAAAAAUGUUAUGUAUGAUUUAUUUCAAGGAUGUUUAAGUGUUGAAAAGAAUAGUACCCUCAAAAAAACCCAACCAACAGCAGCACUUCCUUUCUUGUGCUUACUUCAGAUUUAAGCAAGCUGUAAGUAAAGUUAAAACAUGUAUAAUGGCAUGUCCACUCUAUGCAUUUUUUAAAAUUCUUUCCUCAAAGACUUAUCCUUGUUCCUUAAAACAGGGCAGGGGAUGCUUACGCUCACUAAUGAUCCAAAAACGUCAGUGAUGAUCCCCUCUCUAAAACUCGAAUUAUUUAAGCACUGUGUUGGGGCAUUGUGAUUAUGUAUGGCUCUACAUUUUGUAUCUUUAAUUAUAUUCAGGACAUUGUUGGUUCAUUUACUUUCCAGAUUCAUAAAACUUGCAAUAAUAUCUGUAAUGAUACAUUCCAGUUUGUGCAUACAACUUCAGUACAAUAAAAAUGCAUCACAUUUACCAAUGGUGUUGGAGAAAGAAGUUUCCAGAACUGUUAUGUUUAUUGAAAGUGUAUCCAUAUGAGGAUGGACAUCAAUGUGUGUCUUAAUUGCAUCUUGUUGUACAAUGCUGUUAGAUCUAAUGAUGAAAAACAAUGUACAAGAGCUAGCUACUAUUAUGCAGUCUUAAACUGUGUCGAAAUUAGGAAUUAAUUAAAGCACUGGAAAUACACGUUUGUUUUUGCUGUAUGGGAUUUGAGCCACGACUCUUCCUACAGCUUCAAUCACCAACAAAAGCCCAGUAUGCUUUCGGAUCUGUUACUCGCCACAAAAAAAUUAACAUACACUGUUUACAUGCCAUAUAUGCUUAAUUUCUUUUUCCUGCUGGUUAGAACUAAAUCUAAAUUUGUGACAAAUUGUAGAAAUUUUAGAUAUGGUUUCAUUAUACAACCACACACGCGAAGCUACCUCUAAUCUUGUUUCCAAACAGUGUUUGAGGAAACAAUAGUCAUAUCUGUGUUGUCAGAUUUUACUCCCUGGGAUCCACAGACUCAAAUCACCAAGCAGCCAGCGUGGACCUCUGUCCUUCCUUGCGUGAAGGAAGCAGCACGUAGUAGUAUGCAGCGAGGGUCUUCCCUGGUGUGACCGCACAGCAGAAUUUCUAAGGCCAUUUGUAGGAAAAGGAACUUGCCCAGCAUUUGGCCAAGACACACCCUCCCUAUGAUGCUGAAUUGAGCAGUACGUAAGCUGAUAGCGCUGUAAAUUAGUUUGGAAUCUCCCAAAUAAAAGUCCUUUAUUAAUUUAAGUUACAGGAAAAAAAUGUAAGGUUUGUACAAAGACUGCAAUAAGACAGUUUAAUUUGAUUGUGCUACAAUGUGAAUUAAAAUAAAAAAGCAGAUACCAAAAAGUAGCUUAUGUAAUAUCUGAUAUUCCUGCGUAUGAUCAGUUAACCGUUUGAUAGCAAGUCAUUAAAUAUGCAAUCAUCUUCUGUGAAUAUAUGAAUCUAUAACCUG